UCGAAAAGUGAAGUGAAAACCCCAAAUCGAAAUGAUUCCCUUCAAGAAGGAGAUGGCAGCUGUGUUUAUUUCAAGACUUCCGGAAGAAAUUCAAGUGGAAAUCAUUCUGAAAUUACCAGUGAGAUCAAUCUUGUCUUGUAAGUGUGUAUGCAAACUCUGGUUUAAUCUAAUUUCUAGCCCUAAAUUUAUCAAUAAUCAUCUUCAUCUUAGUAUUCGGAAUAAGAACAAUCAUAAGCUCAUGUUUAUUGAUAAGGAAUCGGUUACUGGUAAGCCUUUGAUGUACUCAAUAGAUUAUUCUUCAAUUACAUCAACACCAGAUUUAUCAUGUGAGUAUUUAGGUAAUGAAGCUAUUCUCAUGGAUUACCCAUUUGAAUACAAGGAGGGUAUGGAAAUUAGGAUUUUGGGUGCUUGUAAUGGUCUGUUUUGCUUCUAUAUCUCUACUGAUACAGAGAUUAGCAUUUGUAUUUGGAACCCAACAACUAAAUAUAAAGAAAUACAGCAUUGUGAUUUUCAUAUCAAUCCCAAGCAUUCGUCUAGAGCCGGAUUUGGUUAUGAUAGCAAAACUGGAGAUUACAAGAUGGUAAGAAUUGCGGAGUAUCAAAAAUCUGAUUACUGUAAAGUUGAAGUAUAUACAUUUGGAUUGCAUUCGUCAAAAACUGUUCAUAUCUUUCCUUACAAUUAUCCAAGGCAUGUAGCAUUUGGCGGUGUUUUUCUCAAUGGAGCACUUCAUUGGGUAAGCAAUCUGUGGAAGCAUGAUAAUCCCAAUAAUAUAGUCUCUUUUGAUAUUAGUAAUGAGAAACUCAUGGACGUGCAAUUGCCAGAAAAAAGUAUCAUGUAUCCAGAAGAUAGCAACACGAGAUUGUUUAAGAAGGUUGGAGUACUGGGAGAUUGCCUUAGUUUAGUUUUAGUUGACACGAAGCUGGUUCAAGCUGAAGUUUGGGUAAUGCAGGAAUAUGGAGCGAGAGAAUCUUGGACUAAACAAUUCACCACUACUCAAACACCAAUCACCCGUUAUCCUUUCUGUGUGCCGGUGAUGUCACUUAAACAUGGUGAGGUUUUGAUGUAUACCCACGACGGUUUUGUUUUAUGGGACCCAAUGAAUGGAAGAGUUGGAGAGGUGAGUACUUUUUUUCAAAGGAACACAUUUCGAGUCCGUAUCGAUACUAUGAUGGUGACUCAUCCUAUGAGUUACGUCGAUAGCCUGGUUUCACUCAACUAGGGUACUUAUGUGAAGAGGCCUAAGGGACAAAUAUUGAGCUCGUUGGUAGGCAUAUACUGUGUCAUGGGGUUAAGGCUCUCUGUUUGUCCGCCUACAGAUUUUAGGUUAAUGCAACAGAACAGAUUUGCUUGAUAUGCAUGCAUAUUGCAAACCUGAUGCUGGUAGCUUUACCACCGUGAAAUAGCAGGUUCUAUUCAUGGUAUGAAUUCAAUGAAAGUAUGCUGGUAGGUUUUAUGGAAAUUAUUUGCUUUCUGAUUCAUAUUGUGAUAAAUUGUUAAUUAUAAACACAAAGUAGCUGUUUCGGUUUAUGUAUGAGUGCUAAUGUUUUUGCAUUUAGCUCUUUAUUCUGGUUAAAUUUGCGAAACCAUUUCUCUGUAAGUUUCCUCAAAUCUAUAUUUAUUAAUUGCAAUUUUCCCGUGCUUUCACAGAAAUGUUGAAUAAAAAAUCUGCUGGUGGUGGUGGGGAUGUGGUCCACUCCCUGAAGGUAGUGGGGGUUAUGGUGGACGCCGUAUACCCUGUGUACGCUGUCUGUGGUGUGGGUAGGGCCAUAGGGGGGAUAUGGUGGUGUUGUGAAGGUGGUAUGGCUAGUAGCAGUGGAUAUGGUGCUGGUGAUGAUUCUGUUGGAAACGGGAGGAACUAGGAGUUAGUUCUAGAAUGAUGGUCUGACGUUAUAUAUUCUGGUUCAUAUGGUUAUUUUGCGCUGGAAUUCCCUCUGAUUCUCUCGAAUUAAAUUUUCCUCUUUUGAUCCCUGGUUCCACUCAAGUCUUUAGGUUUUCAGGAAUGCAAAUUGUUGGUGCAGUGUGAAAAUAUGGGGAUUCUACUGCUAGUAAUGAUAGUCAGUUGCAUUCAAAGAAAACUUUAGAAUGGUCUUAUGUCAGUUUCUAGCUGGAUCUUUGCGUAUUAAGAAUCAUCAACUGUACUUUUUCUUGUUUCUGUUACCAUUUACACUGUAAUAGUAAAGAAAUGAGGCCUACAGAAAAGGAAAUUCAGCUUUUGCGCUUAGCCUGGGGAAUUCCCCUCUUUCUUCUUAUUGUAAAUCUUCUUUUUGUCAGUUCCCCAAAUUGGAUAUAGGCUUAUGGCAGGAUUUGCUCUUUGGGUGUUGUGAGCUGCAGGUGGUACUUGAUGCUGAAGUAGUUGUGUCAUGUGUAUGACUGCCAAUUUUUUUGCAUAGUUCUUUAUUCUGGUUAAAA